CCUUCGUGGGUUAGGGUUUCUGAAACACCAAAAACCAAAAAGGAAGAAACUUUGUUCUGAAUUGAAAUCGAAAGUCGAAAGGUCGCAAGUUUGUGGUCUUGACCCAUUUGCAGGCGUGUAGCCCAUCAUUCUCUGCCCAAAUCUUUUCAAACAUGGAAGCCCAAUUCGUAUUUCAAACAGGGUCAAAACCACGCAUUCUGAUCUGACCCACCCGUUUUCUCAUGGUGCUGGAUCAUAAACCCCCAUCGCCCCUCUAAACCCCAGCAAGCCCUUCUUCUCAUUUCUUCAUUUUUCUCUCACUGUAGUCCUUUCGCCAUGGGCAGCAGCCAAGUGGCGGUUUCAUUUCUAACCAACCUUGCACGCGCCGCUUUCGGUUUGGGCGCUGCAGCCACCGCCCUGAACGCCUCGCUUUACACCGUAGAUGGAGGACAACGCGCUGUGCUAUUCGACAGAUUUCGUGGAGUCAUCGACACCACCAUCGGUGAAGGGACACACUUUCUGAUCCCUUGGCUGCAGAAGCCCUUUAUCUUCGAUAUUCGUACUCGACCCCAUACUUUCUCGUCCGUCUCCGGUACUAAGGAUCUCCAGAUGGUCAAUCUCACUCUCCGUGUGCUCUCGCGUCCCGACGUAUCACGAUUGCCAUACAUCUUUCAACACCUAGGUCUUGAGUAUGAUGAGAAGGUGCUUCCCUCAAUUGGAAAUGAAGUUUUGAAGGCUGUUGUUGCACAGUUCAAUGCUGAUCAACUCCUCACUGAACGUCCCCAUGUGUCAGCUCUGGUCAGGGAAUCACUUAUCAAGCGUGCAAGGGACUUCAACAUUGUGCUGGAUGAUGUGGCUAUCACCCACCUGUCUUAUGGGGUGGAGUUCUCUAGGGCUGUGGAGCAGAAACAGGUGGCACAGCAGGAAGCAGAGAGGUCCAAGUUUGUUGUCAUGAAGGCUGACCAGGAGAGGCGGGCUGCAAUUAUCAGGGCAGAAGGUGAGAGUGAAGCUGCCCAUCUGAUCUCUGAUGCAACUUCAAAGGCUGGUAUGGGCUUAAUUGAGCUGAGGAGAAUUGAGGCAUCAAGAGAAAUUGCUGCAACUCUGGCAAAGUCACCCAAUGUAGCAUACCUUCCUGGUGGAAACAACAUGCUUAUGGCAUUGAGUGCAAAUCGUUGAAUAGAGCAUUUGGGUUUGGCAAAACGGCAUCAACAAGAUUGUGAAUUGCUGAAGUAGCAUUUUCUUUGUUGCUAGAAUUUUUUUCGAGUUUACAGACCCUACAUAUGUGGACCUUCCUAAGAAUCUGAAAGUUAGUUUAGCAUUUGGUAAGUUCUUGAAAUUUAUGUUGAAGAACAAACAGAAGAUUUUGUUUAGCCUAAAACUAUGUUCUACCGUUGUAUAACUCUGGAAGAUGCAGUAUUUGAAUUGUGAAUUCUCUGAACAGGUGAUUCAUUUGUGUGCAAUAAUUGAUCUGCACCACUACCA